ACACUGGGAUUCUUUUCUCUUUUUAUUUGUUUCUCUUGUUUAUUUCCGUCUUUUCUUUCCUUCUUUCGUUCAUUGGCCCUAAAAAGAAAACAAUGCAACUAAUGAAUGUAACUAACGGCAGCGGAGCGGACGGACUCACGCCCUGGAACUUUACCGCCUCAUUGAGUAACGUGUCAAGUGAUGGUAACCUCAGCUGUGACGGAGGCAGCAGCAAUGGCUCAUGUACAGUUGCCGAGGAGACCGGGAGUCCUUACAAGACGGUGGAGAUGGUCUUCAUCGCCUUGGUUACAGGAUCCCUCAGCUUUGUCACUGUGGUGGGUAACAUCCUGGUCAUGCUGUCAAUCAAAGUGAACCGACACCUGCAGACAGUCAACAACUAUUUCCUGUUUAGCUUGGCAUGCGCAGACCUUAUCAUUGGGGUGUUCUCCAUGAAUUUAUAUACGGUAUAUAUAAUAAAGGGCUACUGGCCACUGGGCCCUGUGGUAUGUGACCUUUGGUUGGCUCUGGACUACGUUGUCAGCAACGCCUCCGUCAUGAACCUGCUGAUUAUCAGCUUCGACCGUUAUUUUUGUGUGACCAAACCACUGACAUACCCCACACGCCGCACGACCAAGAUGGCUGGCCUGAUGAUCGCCUCAGCCUGGAUCCUCUCUUUCAUCCUGUGGGCUCCCGCCAUCCUGUUCUGGCAGUUCAUUGUUGGGGAACGUACUGUGGAGCCAGGAGAGUGUUACAUUCAGUUCCUCUCCAACCCAGCAGUCACAUUUGGCACGGCAAUCGCUGCCUUUUAUCUUCCUGUUGUCAUCAUGACAGUGCUGUAUGUUCACAUCUCGCUGGCCAGCCGCAGCCGCGUGUCCAAGCAGAAGCCUGAGGCCAAGAAAGAGAAAAAAGGCUUGAAGUCUGCUGGGCUGUUGAAGAGCCACAUCCUGAAGCAGAACAACAACAAUCAGUCUCCUCCCAAGACCAGCGUGGACACCUGCAGCACGGCUGAAACCAUGAAGAACGGAAAGCUGGAUGAGUCCAUGGUCUCCACUAAAGCUGACUCCAGCAUGCAGCCGGAGGAGAAGGAGAGCUCCAAUGACUCCAGUACGGCCAGCAUUGCACCCAAAGAGCCCAAAGAGAGAGCCAACAGCGAGGCCACGUCUGAGAAAGGCCUGGCCCCGGCUCCGGCCCCUGUGGCCAAACUUAACCCAACCUCCAAAUGGUCCAAGAUCAAGAUUGUUACCAAGCAGACAGGAGACGAGUGCAUCACCGCUAUAGAGAUUGUUCCGCCUGCAAGUGGCAGCGAAGGCCGCUCCAUCCCCAUAAACCGGCCACGCACUGUGGCACGGAAAUUUGCCAGCAUCGCCCGCAGCCAGGUGAAAAGGAAAAGGCAGAUGGCAGCACGAGAGAAAAAGGUGACCAAGACCAUCUUUGCCAUCCUCUUGGCCUUCAUAAUCACAUGGACACCGUAUAAUGUGAUGGUCCUGAUCAGCACAUUCUGCCAAUCCUGUGUGCCGGACACAGUUUGGGCCAUCGGCUACUGGCUCUGCUAUGUCAACAGCACCAUAAACCCAGCCUGCUAUGCGCUCUGCAAUGCCACCUUCAAAAAGACCUUCAAGAACCUUCUCAUGUGCCAGUACAAGAACAUUGGGACCAGGUGAGCUUCAGCGGAUCCAACAAAGGCCCAAAGAAAGCUUGGGCUGUCCCAGAUCCUUAGGUGGUUUCCAGCCCAAUGAUUCUGAUGCACUGGAAUGUAUCAUGCAGUACCUUGUGAGGCUUCAUACCCCAGUGAUGCUCAGUGCAUUGUGCAGUGUCAUUACCAAAACUGUAUGAUAUCGUAAAAGAAGAAAAGUCCACAAUCCUCAGAGUACACUUAUGGUAAUAUGAACAUCAGAUAUUGGAUCUGUCUGCAAAGUUGUUCUGCUGCUGAUAAACGGACCUGUAUGUGAUGCUGUUCCGCUUAUAUGCACUGGCAAGCCAAUCGGCAGAUCUUAUGAUUUGCACUAGCUAAGCGACGGAAGCCAAUAAAAGCUCAUUAUCUUCAUUGGUGCGGAUAAUCCAAACAAGCACAAUGAAAGAAGGCCAAGUUGUUGUUGUUGUUGUUGCUGUUUUCAAACUGGUAUGCAGACAAAUAGAACAAUUGAUAUAAUAUUGCUAAUAUUAUUUUCCUUGUAUUCCACAUCAACAAACAUCUCGGUUCAGCAUACAGAGCAAUUAUUAUCCCACCAACAACACAAAGACAUUGCCAUUGAAUUAUUAAUGUGAAUCCCAAUGACAAUAGCCAAGCUCAGUCACUAGACUAAGUGGGAUUUGGCUGAUUCUAUGCUCCACAUUUCUAUAAAUGUACACACUCUCCAAAGUCAGGAUGGAAUGUAGAGCAUGUGCCCAAAUUUUAAUGAAGGUCCCAUGUUUGAUGAUCCUGAACCCCAUCAGUGUUGUGAGUUUCCCAACCAAUCCCAUUCAUGUUAAGGACAAAAGCUGAGCUGCUAUCAGCUAUCUCCUGGUAGACAACUGUAUGGUAUACGAUGUUUACAUUGAGGGUGAAAAAAAUGAGGCAAUGUCCUCCUAGCUCUCCUUUUGCUUUCAGUGUUUCUUACCUGAUGCAGAUGAAUCAGUCCCAUAAUGAACAGGGCACCUCUGUAGAAAGUCAUAAAAACUGCAACUAGGUUCAAAUCUUUAGUUCUUAAAGUGUAAAUAUUAUAUAAACAUGCUGAAUAUAUGCUCAUGAAAAGUCCACUUUCCUUCUAGCUCUUCAUAUGUGGAUGUUUGUACUUCUCUUGUAUUUAAUUGGUGAGUUAAACGUGAUUUUACAAACUAAGUAUGAAACAUAUUGCUGUCUGUAAGCAAAUGUAUUUAACAGAAAUUUUAAUUUGUGAUGAAAUUAGGAGACUUGGGGGAAAUAGAGAAGGCGUUGUAUAUUUGUUAAAAUUCUUUAUGGCUCAUUGUGAGACACAGUGGGCACAUAGUAGUGCCUAUGAUGUUGGAAAAAUGGGAAAGCUUUGUCUUUUCCCCUCAUUUAAAACCAUUUUUGACUUGGAAAUGAUCAUAUUUUUCAGCUCAUGGCGCAAUGUAAGUUUAAUGGUCUCCGAAUUUUCAUUUCAGCAUUGAACCAAAGAAUCUGUGGCAUGCUCUAGAGCAGUAGACCAUUGUAAAUACGAUUCCGUUAGAAUUUAUAGUGUUAGUUUUUGUCUGUACUUCAUUAAAACCAUAUUUUUUUUUGAGGAUUUCAGUUUAAGCUGAUGUGUACAUGCAUCAGUUUAAUUUAAGUUCUCUACCUCAUAGACCAAUUGGUUCAAUAUAUCCCAGUUUCAAUGCUCCCAGUUUCUGGGCACUGAAGAUACACAGUAGAACUCAACUCUCAUGCAGUGCAGAAAGAAGGUCAAAAAAACAGGUUUCCAUUUUUCCAACCUCAUGUGGACCUGCAUUCUCCUGAGAUAGUUAUAAUUAUACAGAUUCUGACCUUUGCCAUGAAAAGGGGCCAUCCCCUGAUGUAUGAUAUUGUAUGUUUAGCGAAUGUUUACUAAUGAUAAACGAUGCCUGGAAAAAAACAAUGGGUUCAUUAAAUUUAGUCUCUGCUUUAGUGGUACAUGUUCCAAAUAUAUGAGAUUGGGUCUGAGGUGUGACUUUGCUGCAGGCCCACUCUACCUGUGGGGAAUGGUACUCAUACUUGGUCAUUAUGGGCUAUCAA